AUAUAAAGAACGCCACCCGAGAUGUAGCUCUAGUAAAAAUAUUGCAGCGCCAUGGAAACUGCAACUUGUGAAAAUUACUUUGAAAAAUUUGCAGAUCAUAACUAUUCCGAUAAUGUCAAAGAUUCAAUAGCUUCCAUUAUCAAAAACAAUUGUUUCGUAAAAUGCACUGUGAACAUCAAGGAUAUAGAUACGAACAAUGGAAACUAUCUUGCACAGCUGUACGAAGUCGAUAUUAAGGGGGAAACGAACAAAGGUGAGAAAGAAAUAAACCUAUUUUUCAAAGAGAGUUUGACGCUAGAAAAAAUAGAAGUGUUGAACAUUGACGAAGUUUACGACAGGGAAUUAUUUAUAUACCAAAAUUUCGCAAGCAUCGCCAAUAAAUUGCAAGAUGAAGCCAAAAUACCAGAAGAUGAGAGAUACGUUUUCGUGCCAGAAUAUGGGGGAAACGUAAAAAUUAUCAUCCUCGAAAAUUUAUCCAAACAGGACUUCAAAACGUACUAUAGAAUGGAUGUCAUGCCUAUCAAAUAUGCACAGCUAGCAAUAAAAGCGUUGGCAAAAUUUCAUUCCCUCUCUUUUGUGGUAAAAGAAAAAAUGCCGGAAUAUUUUGAGGAGCACGUGAAAACAAAGAAGGCUAAUUUGAAUUUUAACGACGAUUGGAGUAAAUUCAUAAGCAAUGUGUGUGAAAGCACAGCCAAAUUAGUGGCAAGAAAUCAGGAAUCGAUAAGAAAUUAUGCACCAAAAAUGAAGGAACGCUUGAUAAAGAGUAUUAUAAUUCCCACGCCAAUCAGCUGCCUAACGCACGGUGACUACAGGUUGAAUAACAUAUUGGUGAAGGAAUUGGACGGUGAGCCCACCGCAGUAGCUGUAGUAGAUUACCAACUGAUAAACUACGGCAACCCUCUUCGAGACUUUUUCUACUUCAUCUACACAGGAAGCGAUAGAAAAUUUCGACUCGACCACUUGGAAGACCUCAAGAACCUUUACUACCAAACCAUGACUAAUUUCCUGGCAUAUUUCGAUUUAGAUAUCAAUGAUGUGUACCCCAAGGAGGAAUUCGAAAAAGAUUUUGUUGAGACUAGAGAGCAUGGUUUGAUGGUAGGACUAUAUUCAGGUGCUUUUAUCUUUAUACCAGAUGAGGAUAGUAUUGACACCAGUAAAGUUGCUCUCUCUGAAAUAGAUUGCAGUAAUCUGGACGUUCGUUUCAAAGAGAGAGCUCAAGAAAUGAUUGACGAAUUCAUUGGAUUAGGGAUUCUUUAAGAAAAUUAUAUCUAGAUGAUAGGUUAAGUGUAAAUUGUAUAAUAGAAUGUGAAUAAAAUUUAUGAUUAUA